AUGAAGUGUCUGUUGUUGCUAGUGUUGACGUUGUCAAGUCCCGUUGGAAUCUUUGGUCAGUGUCCCACUCUGAUUUGGAGCGAUGAGUUCGACGGGACCGAAUUGGAUCUGAACAAGUGGAGCUACAUGGUGGGCGAUGGAUGUGACUUGGGCGAAGGAUUGUGCGGCUGGGGAAACAAUGAGUGGCAGUUCUACACUCAAGGAGAAAACGUCCAAGUUUCCAACGGCACCUUGAAGAUCAUUGCCAAGUACGACCAAGCUACCAGUUCCUACACUUCCGCACGCAUCAGCUCUCUGGGAAAGGCAGAUUUUGACUUGACCAAACCACUCAGAUUUGAAGCUUCCAUGAAAGUACCCAAGCAAAGUCAGGGAUUGUGGCCUGCCUUUUGGAUGAUGCCCUCUCUGCAGGAAAUUACUAGUUGGCCUUCAGGCGGGGAAAUUGACAUUAUGGAGUUUAUUGGAAAGGAACCCAACCAGACCUACGGAGUCAUGCACUACGGCGUGGAAUGGGGCGACAAAAGCGAAAAGGGGGCACUCGUCAAAUUCCCUGAACACGCCGGAGAUUACUUUCAUGACUUUGCUCUAGAAAAAAAUGAAAACUCACUCUCCUGGUUCAUUGAUGGAAACAAGUUCCUUACUCUUACCGAUGCGGACAUUGAGCCCAAAUUCUCAUGGCCGUUCGAAAGCAUCUUCCAUCUCAUCCUUAACAUGGCCGUGGGCGGAAACUGGCCAGAAUAUCCGGACCAAACCACUUCCUUCCCAAACACCUUCGAGAUCGACUAUAUUCGCGUUUACGACAUGACAACCACUACCCUACCAACUCCAACUCUUGUCGGAGAUACACUCGUACAGUUCAAUGCACAAGACAAGAUGUAUUGCGUUCAAAUCAAUACAGACCUUCAACCACACAAUGAUUACGACACAUACAUUGAAUGGUGGGUUCCAGAGGGAUCUUACUACAUUCCGGUCGAUGACAAACCAAACUGCAUCAAGGUCGGCUUUGGGACGCACUCUGGAUACGUCGAAGCAAGCAUUUAUUUUAACUGUGGAAGAACCUAUGAACUCUGGAUGCCAGUGCAAGUCCAGGACUUAUACGGAACGAACUACCGAUUCUGGGCUGGAGCCAGCCAAGCAGUCUACGAAUCCAGUACGGGCACUUAUUCCGAACAGAGAGAUGACGCUGCCUCUUCGGCCAAUAUUACCUACCAACGAAAUCUCCUAGAAGUCUACGAUCACAUCACUUUCUCGUCCGAUGCCAUUCCAAACCCGCAACUUUACGUUGAAUCGGCUAGAAAAUUCUACAUGGAUGCCCUAUCUCCGACCGCGGCAGGCUGUACCAGAUUCUGGAUCCAGCUGGAAGACAGCAGCCUGGCCACUCCGGACAACUACCCCACCGGUAGACACUCUCGCUACCUCGCCUUUCUGGAAAAGGAUGGAGUCAACUACCAAAAGCUAGACUUUGAUUUCUACGACACACCCGACACGACCGUUACCAGCGUUGAUCAAAUCGUCAUUUUGAUCGAUUCCUUUGUACAACGUUCUGAUACAUACUACUUGACCAAUUGGGUCAGUGCUGCUGCGGGCUGCACCUCUGAUUGUCUACCCGUGAGUAAAAAUACAUGUCAGCUCCCUGCCAAAUCGGAAGAAGGUGCCUGUACAGAUGGAUUCAACAAUGAUGGGUUUGGUUGGAAUGGAGAUCUGACCAUGGACUGUCAGGAUAGCGACUGUUACUUGAUUGAUCCUGCCUGUCAGUCUACCACCCCCGCUCCCACACCAGCAGUUGAGAUCUGCGACAACGGCAUUGAUGACGAUCAGAAUGGUUGGAUCGACUGUGCCGACAUUGCAUGUGCGGACAGUCCACUUUGCGGUUCGUGGUGGAAUCCAUCGUGUGAUGCGUACUCCGCCUGCGUUGACGAAGGCCAUGUGGGAGAGUGUUGUCCCAACGUUUGGGGCGAGUACAAGUCUUGCUGUACCAAUGAGACUCCUGGGUCUUGCAGUGUGCACCCGGCAUGUGACGCGCUUGGUUUGGUGGGCGAUUGUUGCCCCACUCCUGAAGGCAAUGUGUUUUUGGAUUGCUGCCAACCGCAGCUGUGUGUUUCGAAUCCACGGUGUUCUGGGCUGCAAGGUGCCUGCUGUCCCACGGAUGACGGUGUUUUCUUGGAGUGUUGUGAAGAGCGUCCCGAGACUUGUGAGAUCCACCCGAAAUGUGACGCUUUGGGUCUGACAGGUCAAUGUUGUCCUACCGCUGACAAUGUGUUUUUGGAGUGCUGUGAAGCUCGUUCUUGCGACGUUCACCCUGCCUGUUCCGCUCUUGGGCUUGCAGAUGAUUGUUGUCCCACCCGAGAUGGAGUGUUUUUGGAUUGCUGCAACUUGGACAUGCCCUUCUUUGAUGGUUUCACCGGUGAGGUUGUGACCGCUCGGACUCCUUAG